UGUUAUGCGAAGACAAUGCAUCAGGUUUGCUCAAUUCCUAUGUGGAAACCGAGGCACUAUUUUUCAAUAAUUUUAUAUUCCAAUAUAUAUGUAUGUUAAAAAUAUAACUUAAAUGUUUUUCAGUUGUUUGUCACUUUAGAUAUUUAUGAGCGUCCGAUGGUAGCAGUUGAAAAUGAAGAUUUCAUUGCUAAUGUUAACAGAAAGGAGAUGCGAAAAAUCGAAUUUGAUUUGCUGCGAAGACGUGAGAGGGAGCUUCAACAAGAAAAAAAUUCACUUCAUAUUGAACUGUCUAAACUACGUUCUUCAUAUGAAAACCUCCAGGAGUUAUUAGCAUGUGUUCAAAGCGAAGAUCAAUUGGAAAAAUCUUUGCAUAAUAAAUACGAGGGGGCACGAGCUCUCCGCGACUCGCUCGGCGCAAUAAGCGUAAGAUUGCUGGCAGCGGCAGAAUACCUCAAAGCAGCGCUUCGGCAUCUAGACGUUGCCCUUCCAGCCUGGAAACUUGCUUCAAUGGGCAAAAGUGGUAUAGAGCGUACUUCUUCAUGUUCUGACGCGUGCUCAUGCCUUACCCGCGCGCGUUGUGACGAGAGAUGCGCGCGCCGCGUGCUCGCCGCUUACUCAGCGCCUCGUGCCUCCCGCGAAAUGCGACUAGCUCUAGACUAUGCCUUCACGGACACUAUACAUGAUCAUAGAUACAAAAAGACAACUGAAAUAUUUCAUCAAUUUAAAGAUGCUCUCGUGCAGUUCCUCAAUAAUAUACAUCAGGUUCUUCUCAACAGUAUUGAGAAUCUGGAAGAUGCUGAGAAAAAUUUAACGGAAUAUAGAAAUCAAUUAAGAUCGCACAGAGCUAAAGCAAUCUUAAAAAUGGGUUUAGCUGAAUUAUCCUAUGAUCCAGUAAAUUUAAAAUCGUUGAAAAAACGUAAUAAAAUGUUAAAGGAAACGUAAUUCACAGUUCAUUAUACACUUACUCAUAAUUAAAAAAAAAUUAAUGACAUAUAGAAUAUAUAUAUAUAUUCUCGUUCAGGUGAAAUAACUAGCAGGAUAGUUAAUUUGUAAUAAAAGUCCCAUAUAUGUAAAACACAAUCAAAUUUUAUUAAAUAUCAAA